AUGUCGACGCCUGCGACUGCCGUGGCGGCCACGCUCCCUCACUACCACCAUUCGCGCCAUUACCACUCACCCUACGCCGCUCAUCAACAACAGUAUCCGGCUUCGCCAGCCUACCGUUCUGCUGCUCCCGUCGCCACCUCCGGCGCCCUUCUCCCUCCCUCUCCCGCCGUCGCCGGCACCGCUCAUCUGCUUCCCGCCUACACCCGCCCGAGUCCGCUGCAUCUGCGUCGCCAUCACGUCGACGACCCUUCCGCCCCGACUCAUGGUCUCCUGGACCACCCGCCGCCUCCCCCUCCCCAUGCUUACCUCGAUCCGCCCGGCUACACCUCGGCCACCCGCCCCGACGAUAGUUUUGCUUCCAACAUGUCCAGCGCUACAAUGACGGCCACGGCCGAGUCUCGCAAGCGUCGCCGCUCGAAAGAGCCCGACUGGAACAACUUCUACCGCAACGGCCUGCCCAAGGAAAUUAUAGUCAUUGACGACACCCCAGAGCCAGAGGCCAAUCAAGGCCGUAAACUCACCCACGGUCAUACUACCAGCAGUCACAUCAUCACUCCCGAUGGUUCUAUGCUUCGCCACCAGCAACUGCAACAACCGCAACCGACCAAGCGUCGCCGUCGAGACAAUCCAAAUCCUCCCGUCCACUACCACAUACAGCCCGUCAACGGCUCCCACGCAACCCCUCCACAUCACAACAUAACACCAGGUGCCUCGACCUUGUCCAGCGACGGCCAUCGAUCCACCGCCCAUACCACUGCUGCCACUUCAUUAUCUUCGAAUGGCUACCCCGGUCCCGUUACUGCCCCGCUCAAGAGGAAGCGCACCCGUCAACAGGUCGCAAUCGAAGCCAAACGCCGCGACAUCGAAGGACUUGGCCAUCCUUUUGAAGCCUAUGUCCCACCACCAUACCCGCCUAAAAAGGCCGGCGACGUAUAUGUUCGAGUUGUUCACGACCCUCAGCCAUCCAAGAGUGUCAAGGUUGACGACGACGACGGUCAUUACGUCGUCGAACAAGACGCCGACCUUACCGACAAGUAUAAAAUUAAAUGUCUCCUUGGCCAAGGUACUUUCGGCAAGGUCGUCCAGGCCCGCGACCGCCGGCGAAAUGAGGCUGUCGCUGUCAAAAUCAUACGCUCAGUCCAAAAAUAUCGCGACGCUUCACGCAUUGAGCUACGUGUCUUUGCCACACUGAAAGCAAACGACCCCACAAACAGGAACCGCUGUAUACAUUUACGAGACUGCUUCGACUAUCGCGGUCAUAUAUGCAUCGUCAUGGAUCUAUUAGGUCAAAGCGUCUUUGAUUUCCUCAAAGGCAAUCACUUUGUUCCUUUUCCUAACAGCCAGAUUCAAAAAUUUGCUCGCCAACUUCUUACCAGCGUUGCUUUUCUUCACGACCUCAAUUUAAUACAUACAGAUCUCAAACCUGAGAACAUUUUACUUUACGACAAUUCAUAUCAAACUUUUACAUAUCACAGAAAAAUUCCCUCCGCCUCAACAACGAUUGAUCGGCAGGCCACACAAAGGCGGGUGUUGCUCGACACUGAAAUUCGACUAAUCGACUUUGGUUCUGCCACGUUCGAGGACGAAUACCAUUCGUCCGUUGUAUCUACUCGUCACUAUCGUGCCCCCGAAAUUAUCCUUGGUCUCGGCUGGUCUUUUCCUUGCGAUAUAUGGAGUAUAGGGUGCAUUCUCGUCGAAUUCUUCACAGGUGAUGCCCUAUUUCAAACCCACGACAACUUGGAACAUCUUGCCAUGAUGGAAGCGGUUAUUGGCCAAAGGAUAGAUGCUCAUCUGGUCCAAGCCGUCAACAAAAUAUCCUCUCGGACAGGUAGCAAUCCUGCUUCCAAGUACUUUAAACGACUCAAACUGGACUAUCCAACCCCAGAUACCUCGCGAAGCUCAAAGCGUUUUGUUAGAGGCAUGAAGAAUCUCGAUAACACAAUCCCGAAGAAUACGACAUUCUUUAAAAACUUUCAUGAUCUCCUGCGGAAGAUGUUCGUCUACGAUCCUUCACAGCGCAUAACAGCCCGCGAAGCACUGAACCACCCGUGGUUCAAAGAAAUGGCGCCUCCCGACGACGGAACAGAGGCUGCCAAAAUUCGAAUGGAAAAGAGGCGCUCGGGCCAAGGCGGCCAAAAGGCUUAG